AUAAUUAAAAUUAGUUGAGACAAAUAUAAAUUUUUCUUGUUUAGAUUGUGUAUUUAAAAUCAAGCUUUUUUAUGCGUAUUUAUAUCUUUCCAAUCCAGAACAUAAUCCAUUUGAGCACAACUAGCAAAGAGAAAACAUUUCUAAUAUGGCCAACCCUAUCAAUUAGAAAUGACAUUCCCAUCUGAUUCCAUAUCAUUACUAUCCAUUACCGUUUGUGGGCUGGGCUAAAAUGGUGUCACCCCGAAUACAUAAAAAGAAAAUAAGCCUUUUGUUACGUAGGCAAGAAUAAUAACACAUCAUUUCAUUUCCUAAUGUUGUAUAAACACCAUAACGAAAUGCGUUCUGGGCAGAACAUUUUUACUAGAAGCACGCAAAAAUGGCAUCAAGAAGUAAACGAUGUAAUUUGAUGUUUUGUACAAUUUUCUCACCAUGGUUUGGUUUGGAAAAAGAGUAAUUUGGAAUUCUCCAGGUUAAAAAUACGUCUUAAUUUUAACUUUGAUCUACGUCUUGGAAUGUUUGUAUUGCCGAAGACAGUGCUGAUGAAUAUUCACUAGAAAAUAUUCCAAAUCUCCAUUUUUGUUUGAAAUCGUUUUCAAAAUUGAAACAGUUUGAUAAACAGUUGUUAUAUAAAUUAAGCAGUUAAAAAGAAUAGUACUUCAUCAAGAAUUUAUCUAGUAUUAAACUAGAAAUUUUAUUCAUAGUUUUUUUUAAAGCAUUUUGCGAUUGAAUGAUUAUAUUAAGAGACAAUUGAAUAUUUAGAUUCCAUUUUGAGGUUAUUAAAUAGCCCUGAUAUUUUAUGCAAAAGAAUUAAAAUCGAAUUUAUUUAAGAAUACCAGUGCUUAGAAUUAUUACAGAAUAAUUGAAACUCGGAAUUUAACUAAACGAAACUCAACUUGAUCUAUAUUUAUUAAAGAAAAAAUGUACAACUCUCCUUUAAAAAGCAUUUUGAAUAUUUAACUUCUUUUAAAACCAAUUACGAAUUUUUUCCGUCCUAAAUUAGUUAAACGUUUAUUAACUAAGUUAGUUAAAACACGUUUUAAUAAUGGUAUUUUACAGAAGUUUCAACUUUCUCUGUCCAAUGUUUGUUUUUGUUUUUUGUGGUGUGGUAGCCAAAAACGAUUUAUUUAGGUUGAUUGAUCGAGAUUUGAUUUGUGAUUCGAAAUCGGUGAUUCAGUCUUUUACAGCCUAUUCCAUAUCUAACUGCGCGACUGCCUGUAAAUUGAAGAAAUCUUGUGGAAUGUUUGCUGUUAGUCAUGUUUAUGACAAUUCAUCUUUGAAUGAAGAUAAACCUAAGAAGAAUGUGAAAAUGACUUGUGCUCUUUGUAAAUCUUCUAAUUUAACUUCAGUUGUUGAAAAGAAAGGAUGGUCUAUGUACAUGAAAUGGCUACGAGAAAUAAAAUUCCAUAUUUUGGACACUGACAACAAGCCAUCAGCUCCUGAUAUAUCCCCAUUGGUCACUUGGAACAUAGAUUGCAAUAGUCCAGAAAUAACCACGAAAAGAAAUGGCGUCAUCAUUGGAAUAUGAUAUAAUUUAAUUUAAUUGAUCCCAUUUCAA